CAAGCCUCCACCAGCCCAAUCUUUCUACCCCCAGACCGCCGGCGGUGCCAGCGGAGAGGCCGGCCAUGUCGGGUGGCGGAGGCCCGUGCCCCGGGGCAGGAGACGGGGAGGCCCGGAGCUGUGCCGUGUGUGGGGACCACGCUACUGGCUAUCACUUCCACGCCCUGACCUGCGAAGGCUGCAAGGGUUUCUUCAGACGCACAAUCAGCAAGGGGAUGAACCUCACCUGCCCCUUCACCCACUGCUGCGUGGUCACCAAAUCCAAGCGGCGCCAGUGUCCGGCCUGCCGGCUUCAGAAGUGCCUGGAUGCGGGCAUGAGGAAGGACAUGAUUCUGUCCGCGGAGAUGUUGGCUGUCCGGCGGGCCCGGCGGGCACAGCAGAGGGUGCAGAAGGAGUUUGGGCGGCUGAGCAAGGAGCAGGAAGGGAUGAUCCAGCUGUUGUUGGAGGCCCACGCCCGCCACGUGGUCCCCAUGUUCCCCAAGUUUGUGCAGUUCCGGCCCCCAGACCACCUGUUCGUCCACAACGCGUCCCUGGCACCCCCCGCCUCCCCACCCUCCAUAUUCCCGCUCCUCACCCACUUGGCCGACAUCAGCACCUUCAUGGUACAGCAGAUCAUCAAGUUCACCAAGGAUCUGCCCCCCUUCCGCUCCCUGCCCAUGGAGGACCAGAUCUCCCUGCUGAAAGGGGCCGCCCUGGAGAUGGCGGAGAUCGAGCUCAACCUGGUCUUCUGCGCCCAGGACCACAGCUUCCUGUGCGGCCCACUGCGCUACACCCUACAGGACGCCAUCCACGUGGGCUUCCAGGAAGACUUCCUGGAGGGCCUGUUUCGCUUCCACGCGGCCCUGCGGCGACUCCAGCUGCAGGAAUCCGAAUACGUGCUCAUGGCCGCCCUGGCGCUCUUCUCCCCAGACCGGCCCGGGGUGACCCAGCGGGAGCGGAUCGACCGGUUGCAGGAGGAGACGGCCCUGACCCUGCAGUGCUCCAUCCAGAGACGCGGACCCUGGGCCCAGGGCAGGCUCCUGUAUGCCAAGCUGUUGGGCCUACUGACGGAGCUAAGGAGCAUCAACGUGGAAUACGGGAGGCAGUUACAACACAUCCAGGGCCUGUGGGUCAUGAUGCCGCUGCUCCAGGAGAUCUGCAGCUGACCCUCC